CACCGUCGCGGACGAGCCGACCGUCCGUCCGGCAGUCGACUCCGGCGCCCCGAGUCGAUCGUCCGAGGAGCGCUCGUCCUCUGACACACCGUCAGGCUCAGGUGCGCUCGGCCCGUCCGUCCGGUCAGCGUCCGGUGUAUACGAGCGCUCGCCGCCGCCCGGUCAUGCGGCCACCCGGCCGCGGACCCGGGCCACCGCUGACGAUGGCCGGCGCGCUGUUAGCGGUCGCGCUCACGCUACUGCUGGCCCAAGGCGCGCUCGCCGAGAAGAACAAGUUCUACGAAAUGCAAACCAUAUGCAAAACCCAUUUUCUGCAACAAGUGUACAGGAAGAUCGAAGGUGCGGUGCUAGACUCACAAAACGAACGAAACCUGGACUGCGUGACCACAUUUCAGACGCACUCCAUCUUGCAGAGGUUCAUGAUACAUUUCGACCGUUUGCAGUUGGAUUGCAACGAUCAUCUGUUCAUAUUCGACGGCGCCCACGCGGUCGGAGCACACAAGGCCGACAUCACGUGCAGCAGUACGAAACAAUCCGUCGGCGUAAUAUUUACGCGUACGAAUUUCGUCACGCUCAAGUACGUGACAGAUUCGUGGGGCACGCGUGUCAAUGGAUUCAGAUUAAUUAUAACCGCCUUCAAAGAUCCUUUUCCAGUCCAUAACUGCAGAGAGUUCAAAUGUCAAACACUGUCGCAUUGCAUCUCCAACGAUCUGGUGUGCGACAACAUCAACCAUUGUCCCGACGGUACGGACGAAAUGACGACACCGACUUGUCAAGGGGCUUCAUCUUUUACACUGUUGGGCAUCAACAUCACCAUACUUGUGGUCGCCUCGCUCGUCGUUGUCUCCAUACUGGGCGUGUGCGUCAUCGUACUGACCGUGUACUGCAUCUGCUACCGGACGUCCGACCCAAUGCCGAUUUCCAGGCAUGGUGCCGCGUUACACGACACGUCAAACAAUUUCCAAAUGAUUGGCGUAAACGGAAUCGGGAGGUCGGGAAACUGGCAGCACCCUGUGGGCCAACAGCUAGGGUACAGCUCGGCACGGGUCCGUCUCUACUGCCAGGCAAAGUGAAAUAUACUGGCUCUGACAGCGAUAUUUCCUCAGCUCAUAAAGAGGAAUGGUUCGUGUAGGGAUGGCCUAAACCGUAGCCCAGCAGGGUGAAACCGGUAGUACCUCGCCUGGCCGGCACAUGCAACAUUCGGAUUGUUGCACUUUCCUAUUAACAUUUUUUUUUCUUAAAUUUGUGUUGAUAAAAAAAAACAAAAUUAAUUAUAAUCAUAAUAAUAUAAUAA